AUGUAUCAAUCGUCGAAAAUCGUCUCAAUCUGCAUAUUUUGUUAUGAUAAAUUGAAACAUAAAAUUUGGUCAUAUCAAUAUGAACCUAAAAUACGAGGAAUUUUCGUUGAAAAAGAUUCACUCUAUUCGAAACUAAUCGCUGAUGUUCGAUUUCAAAUACAAAAUAGUUUACCAAUGAGCAUAUUAAGUGAAGAUGCUAAACAACGAUGUAUUCGAGAUUUAAAUAAGGAAAGUGUCACAUUCAUGUGGUUUCAAUUAUUAAUUAAAAUUUUAAUUAACAUGAAACGUGAAGAGAAUGGGAAAGAUGAAAUGAUAAAUUUGUGUCGAAAACAAUAUAAAACUAAUCAAUCGGUAACGAAACAAAUUGAAGAAUUUCAUCUUAAAUAUUAUCAGAAUCAAGCUAUAGAAUGGUAUAGUAAAAAUAUCUUUCUUUUUCGUCUUUUAAAUCGAGCUUUUCGCAAAGAAAAUAUUGAUGCUAUUUAUAAAUUUCGAUUUUUUAUCCGUGAUCUUCAUUUUCAAGUGGAUGAAUUACAUCACCAACAUACGAAUCAAUCGUUUACAAAUAAUGAAAUGAUCGUUUAUCGUGGGCAACAAAUGUCAAAAAAUGAAUUGAAAACGUUAGAAGAAAAUCAAAAUGGGCUUAUUUCUGUAAAUACAUUCUUUUCGACAAGUAAAUCCUAUAAUAUAGCCAGUGGUUUUACCCCUAGUGGAUCAAGCGAUUAUCCGAUUGUUAUUUUUACAAUUAAAAUCAAUAAUCAAAUUCAUAAUGAUCAACCGUUUGCUAUUCUUGAAGGUUUAAGUAGUUUUCAUCAAGAAGAAGAAGUCUUAUUUACGAUCGGUACUGUAUUUCGAAUCAAUUUUGUUGAACAAAUUACGGAUACAUUUUGGUCAGUUCAAUUAACAUUAGCUAGUAAAGAAAAUUCCGAAUUAAGCGAGCUUAUUAAUAGUUUAGAAGAAGAAAUAGGUGAAGAGCCAACACUCAUCCAACUCGGUAAAAUGUUUUUCUACAUGAGCGAUAAUGAUCGAGUGGAAAAAUACAAUCGAAUUUUACUUGAACAACUAUCAUUGGCUCAUGAAGAUUUAUCAGCAGUUGAUAAUAACAUUGGAGAUGCAUACUUGAAUCGGGGUCAUUAUGAAACAGCAUCGGAAUAUUAUUAUAAAGCACUAUCGAUAGCAUUGGAUCUCGAACCAAAGCCUCAUAUCUAUCUAGCUCAUUCAUAUGAUUGUAUUGGACUAUUCAAUGAUCGAAUUGGAAAAUAUGAUGAUGCUAUCGAAUAUUUGAAAAAAGCACGUGAUAUUAAACUAAAAUAUGUACUAUCAAAUGAGCGUGUCAUGGAAUCAACAUACAAUAAUCUUGCUAUGGUAUACAGACAUAAAGCUGAUAAUGAAAAUUCAUUAGAAAAUUAUAAGAAAGUACUUGAAAUCGAAUUACAAUCAUUACAUCAUUUACAUCCGAAUCUUGCUUCAGUUUAUAAUAAUAUCGCACUACUCAAUAGUCAAAUAGGUAAUUAUAAUGACGCAUGGACUUACUAUACGAAAGCAUUAGAAAUCGAACUCAAAUCAUUGCCAUCGAAUCAUUACAAAAUUGGAACAACAUAUAAUAAUAUAGCACUGCUUCAUGUUAGUACAAAUAAUCAAGUAGAAGCAUUAGAAUAUUAUGAAAAAGCAUUAAAUAUAUUUCUUGUUAGUUUACAACCUGAUCACUCGAAUAUUGGAUCAAUUUAUUAUAAUAUGGGAGAUACUUCUUAUAAAAUUGGUGAUUCGAAUAGAGCAAUGGAUUAUUUCAAACAGGCACUUCAAAUACAAAUCAAAUCACUUUUAAAAGAUCAUAUCGAUCUUGCAAAAACAUGGAAUGGUAUUGCAGUUAUCUAUUGUGAGAAAAAUAAUUAUAUUGAUGCACUUGAACAUUGUCAAAGAGCACUUGAUAUACAAUUAAAAUCAUUGCCAAUCGAUCAUCCCGAUUUAGCUGGAACUUAUUUUAAUAUGGGUACAAUCAAUUCAAAAUUGGAUAGACAUAACGAAGCAUUGAACUAUUAUUUAUCAUCAUUAAAAAUUUUCAAAGACGAUUAUCCUAAUCUGGCAGUAUUGUAUUCUCAUGCUGGAAAGACCUAUUUGUUAUUGAAUAAUUAUCAACAAACAAUUCAAUAUUACAAAAAAGCGCUCGAAACUCAAUUAAAAAUGUCGUCAAUCAUAAAUGACGAACUAGCAAUUAUAUAUAAAGGUCUUGGGUUAAUUUACAAUAAACAAGGUCAAUAUGUAGAAUCAAUAAAAAACUACAAACAAGCAUUAGAAAUUCAGUUCAAACUACAGAAUCAGCUUGAAAUAUCAAUAAUCUAUUCUUACAUCGGAGAAAAUUAUCAUCGACAACGCCAAUACCAAGAAGCAUUGAAAAAUUACCGAAAAACUAUUGAGAUUCAAUUAAAUUUGUCUCCAAUCAGGUAUUUGGAUUUAGCAAUAAUUCAUAGUAAUAUGGGCUUUGCUUAUUAUGCCGAAAGAGAUUAUCAAAAUGCAUUAGAAUGUUUCAAACAAGCAUUUAAAAUCCAAAUAAAAUGUCUUGAACAGAAUCAUCCAUCUAUAAUUCUUCCAUACAACAAAAUUGGUGCAGCUUAUCGUGAACUUCAUAAUUAUAAUAAUGCAUUAAAAAUUUAUACAAAAAUAUUAGAAAUUCAAGCAAAUUCUUCACCAGAUAAUGAUUUCGAUAUGGCAAAAACGUUGAAUAAUAUUGGAUUCAUAUUUUGUCAACAAGGGUAUCUAACAAAAGCAUUGGAGAAUUUCAACAAAGCUUUAGAAAUUCAAUGCAAAUGUUCGUGCAGUAACAUACAAUAA